AUGGCUGGAUCUGGAAGUUCAGAAGUACGAACUCCGAUCUUCUCCGGUGAAAACUACGAGUUCUGGAGGAUUAAGAUGGUGAUGAUCUUCAAAUCUCUUGGGCUAUGGAGUCUAGUAGAAAAGGGGAUUCCAAUCCCUGAUUCGAAUAAGAAAACGAAGAAGCUUGAAGAAUCAUUGAAGGAAGAAGAAGCUGAUGCAGAGAUGAUUGUUGUGCUCAUGAAGGACGCAAAGGCUCUAGGUAUCAUCCAAAAUGCAGUUUCUGAUCAGAUCUUCCCUCGGAUUGCAAAUGCUGACUCAACUAAAAUGGCAUGGAAUCUGCUCUACAAUGAGUACCACGGUGGUGAUCAGGUCAGAUCUGUAAAACUCCAGAAUCUUAGACGAGAAUUUGAGUAUAUGAGAAUGCGUGAGAAUGAACCUCUAACUGCAUAUCUCACUCGUUUGAAUGAAUUGAUAAAUCAAAUGAAAACAUUUGGAGAAGUGCUAUCUAAUGAAAGGCUGGUUCAGAAAGUGUUAAUUAGUCUUAGUAAAAUGUAUGACCCUAUCUGCUUGGUGAUUGAGAAUACAAAGAGCUUGGAGACUAUUGAAUUGCAGGAGGUUAUUGCAAUAUUGAAGAGCCAAGAGCAACGUUUUGAGAUGCAUAAUGUGGACACAGCUAAGAAGGCAUUUGGCUCUUUCUCAGUCAAUACACAAGGGCAGAACAAAAAUAGUACUCAAACUGGUUAUGCUAAGUCUCAAAAAAAUUGGAAGUCUAACAACAAACCAUGGGAGUCUAGACCGAAGCCACAACAAGCUGGUGCUGCGCAGAACUCAAAUGGAUCACAAUAUGUGCAUCAAGAUGGAGUGAAGCCUCAAUGCAAAUGUGAUAGAUUUGGACAUUGGGCUAGAGAUUGUACUGCAAACAAAGGAGUGCAGAAAGCAAACAAUGCAAGUCAAGUAGAAGUAAGAGGAAAUCUGUUUUUUGCUAACUGUGCAAUUUCAGAGAAGAGUGCAAAUGGAGAAUGGUAUGUAGACAGUGGCUGCAGUAACCAUAUGACUGGGAACAAGGAGAUGUUAAUUGAUAUAAAUGCAAGUGUCACAGGCAAGGUGCAAAUGCCAACAGGGGAGCUAGUAAGUAUAGGUGGCAUGGGUACUUUAGUGCUUGACACAAGCUCUGGUACAAAGUAUAUCAGAGAGGUCAUGUAUCUGCCUGGUUUGAGGGAAAAUCUGUUGAGUGUGGGCCAAAUGGAUGAACAUGGUUAUCAUUUGGUAUUUGGCAGCAGCAUGUGCAGUAUCUAUGAUGAUUCUUCUCUCAAGAAUCUCAUCAUGAAGGUGGCAAUGAGGAAGAAUAAAUGUUAUCCAUUGUCAUUGUCCUCAAAUGACUAUGUUGCACUAAGAGUUGGUAUAUCCAAUUCUACCUGGAUUUGGCAUCAAAGAAUGGGUCAUUUACAUCUGAAAGGACUGCAUCAGCUCAAGGAGAAAGAGAUGAUACAUGGUUUGCCAUACUUGGAGGAUGUAAAUGAAGUGUGUGGAGGCUGUCAACUAGGAAAGCAACACAGGGAGUGGUUUCCAAAGGAUCAAGUGUGGAGAGCAAGUACACCCCUUGAGCUAAUACUUUAUGCUACUCAUAGACGAUUUUACAAGGAUGACUUGGGUCUAUUUCUUGAGAUACAAGUCAGAUGCACUAAACUGUUUUCGAAAAUUCAAGUCUAUGGUGGAGUUGCAGAGUAG